CACCAAGUCGCAUGCGUUCUUUGCCGACGGAAAGUUCAAGUUCAAAAACGGAUUUUUUCGGAUGUGCUGUGUGUUUUUGGCACCGCCGACGCCAAUAUCCGGGACUAUAGCGUUUCAAGUGCUUUUUUCGCCCGCUAAAGAGAAUUCAAUAAAUUUUAAUUUAAAUUUAAAUUCUUCCCGUGUGUGUUGUUGUGUGCCAUUCUGCGGGAGUGUAAACACAAAUUUUGCCCAAGUGGCAUGUGCUUCUCUUAUCCAUAUCCACAUCCACAUCCUGUUUAAUGAGCUUCCCAAAUGCGAUGCCUGGAAUCGCUUAAAAACACGGAAACCACUUUAACGCAAAUCUGGCUGGAAUUGGAUGCAAAAAUGCAGCAGGCAACGAGCCGUGAAGGAAUCAAAUUAAUCAUGUUGGCUUAAACAAUUUCCCGUUUGUUGGGCAACAAAAUACGAAAUACAUUGGCAUUAAGCGAAGGAAAAUCGAGAAUCGAGCGGAGUCAGUAGAUUUUCCCCUGAUGAUAGCCAACUUGGUGAGCAUGGAAACGAGCCUGGACUUGGAUUUGGACAUGGACUUGGGCCAGGACAUUUCGGGGGAAUCCCCGCCGCUCAACGUGACGCAGGCUGUCUGGGAUCUGGCCAUGCUGGCCACGUCCACCCAGUGGCCCCUCCUGGACACCGGAUCCUCCUCCUCCUUCUUUGGCGCCGAGAACUUCAGCGAAGUGGCCGCCACCGAGACACCCUACGUGCCCUACGGCCGACGACCGGAAACCUACAUCGUGCCCAUCCUCUUCGCCCUGAUCUUCGUCGUCGGCGUCCUGGGCAAUGGCACCCUGAUUGUGGUCUUCCUCAGUGUGCGACAGAUGCGGAAUGUUCCAAACACCUAUAUUUUAUCGUUGGCCCUGGCAGAUCUAUUGGUUAUUAUUACCACAGUGCCACUGGCCUCUACGGUUUACACAGUGGAAUAUUGGCCAUAUGGAAGCUUCCUCUGCAGCCUUUCGGAGUUUAUGAAGGAUGUCUCUAUAGGAGUAUCGGUCUUUACCCUGACUGCUUUGUCGGGCGAUCGGUACUUUGCCAUCGUGGAUCCCUUGAGGAAGUUUCACGCUCAUGGAGGCGGUCGUCGUGCCACCAGAAUGACUUUGGCCACCGCGGUUUCCAUUUGGCUGCUGGCCAUUCUCUGCGGGCUGCCAGCCCUCAUUGGCAGUAAUCUGAAGCACCUCGGAAUUAACGAGAAGUCGAUUGUCAUCUGCUAUCCGUAUCCGGAGGAGUGGGGCAUCAGCUACGCCAAGUCGAUGGUCCUGCUGCACUUCCUCGUCUACUACGCCCUGCCCCUGGUGAUCAUAGCCGUGUUCUACGUGCUCAUCGCCCUCCACUUGAUGUAUUCGGCCAGUGUCCCGGGCGAAAUUCAGGGAGCCGUGCGCCAGGUUCGGGCCCGUCGCAAAGUGGCUGUUACUGUGUUGGCCUUCGUAGUCAUCUUUGGCAUUUGCUUUCUACCCUAUCACGUCUUCUUCCUAUGGUUCUACUUCUGGCCCACCGCCCAGGAGGAUUACAAUGCCUUCUGGCAUGUCCUGCGAAUCGUCGCGUACUGCAUGUCCUUUGCCAACAGCUGCGCGAAUCCCGUGGCCCUGUACUUCGUGAGCGGCGCCUUUCGCAAGCAUUUCAAUAGAUAUCUGUUCUGCCGCGGAGCGAGUGGACGGCGCAAGAAGCGCAGCCAGCACGACACCUUCUGCAUGCACCGGGACACCUCGCUGACCAGCACCGCCUCGAAGCGCUACCAGUCCCGCCACUCCUGCUACCAAAGCACCAUCCGCAGCUGUCGCCUGCAGGAGACAACGACAACCGCGCUACCAAAUGGCGGGAAUCAGAACGGAGCCCCCAUUUCAGCCGUGGAUUUGACCCCCGCCCAGGGUCACAAUGAGGCACCGCCGAGCUAUGGAUUUUUGCCCCUUAACGAACUCGGCCAGCAGUCGCGUUCGCACCCACCAAAGUUCCAGGAGUCGCUGUUGAACUGAAUCCCCGAAAGAAUGUGUGGAAAAAACUAUGGAUUUAAACGGAGUUUACAGGAAUUCGGGCAGCCAUUUGCCAUUGUAUCCUUGGCUCUCUAUCAAAAUCAAAAGUAAACGUUAAAAGUUAAAAGCUUCAUGAUUUAAAUUUAUUUAUUAAAUUUAAAAACAUUAAAGUACAAGUGAUUUCUCUUUAUUGAUCAUUUCAUUUUUGUAUAAAAUAUGUAAAAUGAAAACUUUAAAAGGUUUAUGCUAAAACAUUUUAUUAAGUUUUCUAUAGCAUACUUAUCAGAGUACAAGAGUCAUAAGAUCUUAAGU